AUGUCGCAUCAUUUUGUCACAGUUUGUGUAGUGUGCGUUUUAUGCACCACGCAUACUCCUUGCUCAGCACACACUGAACUCUCGAGCAUGAAACAGACAACUCGUGAUUAUGUGAACUCUGAACAUGUACUGGGUCCUAAUGAACAGUUACAGCCAUUGUGGUGGUCGCUAAUUAAAUUUAAAGAAUCGCAAGCAAAGGAUAAUAGAAAAGAAAAUUUACAUAAUUUAGGCACCUAUAAGAAUAGUGCUGUUAAAUUUUCUAGUAAUGUAUCAAACAACAAUAAUGGUAAUAAAAUGUCAACACUGUUGAUGCCGUCGGCCGUAGACGAAACUCGUACAAAGAGAAAAACCCUGCAGAGUAUGAAAGUUAAUAAAAAUGUUCAAGAUACUUAUGUUCCAGUGAUAGAUGAACAUUUUACAACUGUAAAAUACUUAGAAAUAAUAGAGAGAUUAGGACAGAUUGAAAUAAGUCACAAUGGGGAAUUAAAAUCUGUACAAUCUACAAAAGAUUCGAAUUCUAUCAACGGAAUCAGGAGGAAAAGGAAUGUAGAUAUUAUAGAUGAAAAGUACUUCAUGAGGAAAAUUUUCGAAACUUACGGAGAUGGUACUAGCUUGACAAUGGAAGGUUUCGAGAAGUUAUUAAGGAAACUAGGAUUACUAAGAUUACUUACAGAUAUAUCUAGAUUGGAGGAUCCUAAUAUUGUUACUAGUCAUGAAAAUCCAUUAGAGAAAUCAAAGAAUAUACAAAAUAAUGGCCUAACAGAAUACGAGAAUGGAAUUCGAAAAGAACGGUGCUUAAGUAGCAAAGAAUUAUUAAGUACUGUUGCGAGAGAUAUGCCCUACAAUUCCAUCACUAAUAAUAAUACAAAAUUACCAAGUUGGCUUUUCGAACGUGUGUGUCCAGCUCUUGUUUACCAAUUAGUAGGUGAAUCGAGUUCAGAAAGAAAUGGCUGCAUUCUUGUACCGGAGAAUUAUAAACCAGUAAUAGUCACUAAAUACCUUGGAGAGGAUGUAUCGCGUAACAUGGUUCAAGUGUGGGCCUAUUCUAUAAUCAGUAUUCUAAUAAUUAGUCUCUGUGGUUUAUUCGGUGUAGCUGUCAUACCUUUUAUGGGUAAAGUAUACUAUCAUCAAUUACUACAGUUUUUGGUCGCUCUUGCUGUCGGAACAUUAUGCGGCGAUGCUCUUAUUCAUUUGUUACCCCAUGCAAUGAUGUCGCACGAUCAUAAUCAUGAUCACGGUCACGAUGAAAAAGAUCACGUUGAUAUAGAUCAUAAGGAACAGCAUAAUUUGAAUAUGUUGAAGGGGCUAGUUUCAAUGAUGGGUCUUGUACUAUUUUUUUUCACGGAGAAAGCCCUGACACUGGUAGCAGAAUGGAGAAAACUUCGACAGCGUCGUAAUAAACUCCCAUCGCGUGUUAGAGUAAUGCGAGAGACGGAUGGACCAAAUAGCAACGUUGUCGGCGAGAAACUUUGCAAACACAAGUAUUCAUCAUAUCCUUAUUGUUACGGUGAAAUUAACACAGAUGCUCAAGAUAAUCACCAUAAUCGUCAGCACAAUAAUCACGAGAGGCCUCCUGUCAUCGAAGAAGAGAAACCAUUGACAUCGAACUGUAAUUCAGUAUCGAAAAUAAUGACAAAUGACGUGGAAAAGAAACCCAAUGAGGAUUGGAGAUUAGACGAUUCGAUUGUAAAUACGAAGAAAAAUACGGACGGUGCUGAUAUACCGUUAAACAAAUCUGAAAGUUAUACCGUUAUUAUACGCGAGCAUGAAACGAAACACCAUGGUCACACUCAUUCCCACGGUCACGUCCAUUCUGCUCCAGAAUCGAUGUCGAGCGUUGCUUGGAUGGUGGUUAUGGGCGAUGGUUUGCAUAAUUUUACAGACGGUAUGGCAAUAGGUGCUGCGUUCUCAGCGAACAUAGCGGGUGGUUUUUCAACGGCGAUAGCUGUAUUUUGCCACGAGUUACCUCAUGAAAUAGGAGACUUCGCAGUUCUGUUGAAAGCGGGAAUGAGCGCUAAGCAAGCUGUCUUUUACAAUCUGUUAUCUUCCAUACUCUGCUUAUUUGGUAUGAUAUUCGGUGUGCUGUUGGGUAGCACUCCUGCUGUGAGCAGCUGGAUGUUUGCAGCUGCUGCAGGAAUGUUUAUAUAUAUAGCAUUAGUAGAUAUGAUUCCAGAAUUAUCUUCAAGUCAUUCUGCGGAACGUAGUUCUCAUUGGCAGUGUAUUCUACAGGCGUUAGGGCUAUCGUGUGGCCUUGGAAUAAUGUUAAUUAUAGCGCUCUAUGAACAGGAUCUUAAGAAUAUGUUCAGUGAUUAAAUUUACAAAG